CAUUCGCCGGCCACAGAUUGGCGCGCUCACGUACCCGCCUCCUACGGCAGGACCAGUAAGCGGAUAGCGGAGGCCUGGCGCCCGCUGUGAUUGGCCGAUUUUAAAAGCCCCUGCUGGGCCGGCCGAGCGGCAAAAUGUUCGUGCUGCUGGUUGCGCGCGGCGGCGCCUCUGCUUUGUGUCCACAGGACCGCUGGCCGGGCUCACUGCACGUGCGGGCGGCGUCGGACCGCGCUUAGCAACCACCUGGACAGGGCCAGGCCGUUUUCCCCCCCUCAGGAAUUAGUUGUUGACCGUGGGCCGCCGCGGGAAGUUGAGGCCUACCCCAGAGGAGGCUGCUGAGGUGAAUCUCGGGAUCCGAAGGGCUCCCUCACCCCAGCCCGGGACAAAAUCCUACGCCACCAGCCCGCCGAAUGCGCCCCCACAGCCGGGGAUCCCGGGUCUUCAGAGAAGAACUCGGCCGAAUGCGGUCAGAAAGCCCGCGAACCGCCUGGACCUGCAGGCCCCGCCGCUUGGAGUUCCCGCCUUUCCCGACUGAGCCCGUGUCUGCUCGUGUGUCUCACUGAUGUCUUAGGUCUCAAAAAAGAAAAGGUUUUUAGGAGAAAGAAGAUAAAUGGGGCCGUGGGUUCGUGGUCCCAGGGGGAAACUGACGUCGCCUGAGGUCGUCGCCCCUCAGCUUAAGCUGAGCGGAACCUGAGCGUGAAGAGGUGGCAACCACGGAAGAUUUGGGUGCCUUGGAGUUCCCUGGACACCGAAGCCUGGACACAGUCCCGGGGUCUGCACCGCCUGUGACCUGCAGCGGGACCGCCGGGGUGGGCGUUUUCUCAGCGGGCGCGCGCGUGGGCGGACUUGGGGAACUAACUGGAGCGAAGUGGCAGACGGGGUGGUGACGUCGCGCAGGCCGUCCUUUCCUGUGGAGUAUUUCUUCAGCUAAACCCUGUAUUUCAUGUGUCCAGGUCUGGUUUCUGGGUUUCUUUGUAGUCCUUCCACCUGUUAGUGCGCCUUCACUUGCAAACGGUUCGUUGCAGCAGUAAUGAUGCCCUUCCCUGAGCGUGCUGGAGUGGCUCCUCGCUGACGCAAGCUCACCUUGCAGCCUCCACAAGAACUUGGGAUUCUCAGCAACUACAACUUAAACGCGCCCUCAGGAAGCCCUGGAAUCUUGCUCAGAAUUUUUUUUUUCUUUCUUUUUUGUUUUUUGUUUUUUUGAGACAGUCUCGCUGCGACGCGCAGGCUAGAGUGCAAUGGCGCAAUCUCGGCUCACUGCAACCUCGCUCAGGAAGCCCUGGAAGCUCAACCGCCAGACUUCUCUUGACUCAGGCCACAGUCUUCUGUGUGGCUGGUCUCCAGGAGGUAAGGACAGCCCCGCAGGUGACACUGGUGCUUGGGCUCCUGCUAAGCAGUUCUUUCCUUCAAGUAACAGAACCAGGGAGGGAGGUGGGCUGCGGCCUCCCCUGCCCCUACAGUCGUCUCCUGCAGCUCCCACCAUGCUGGACUCAUCAGCAGCAGAGCACGUGACCCGACUGACGCUGAAGCUCUUGGGACAGAAGCUGGAGCGAGAACGGCAGAGCAUGGAAGGGGGACCUGAAGGCCUCCACCUCGAGCCAGGAAAUGAGGACCGGCCGGACGACGCCCUGCAGACUGCUCUGAAGAGGAGAGACCUUCUGCAGAGACUCCGGGAACAACACCUCCUGGACGAGCUCUCUCGGGCCCAGGCCUGGAACGGGGCAAGCAGAGGAGCCCUCGGAUCAGCCCUGCCCCCUGAGCUGCCCCCCACGGGCAUCCUACCCGCUGCUUCCCCAACCCCGCUGGCCCCAGACCUGCCAAGGAUCAUCCUGCCUACGGUCACCCAGCCUCCUGCCACCAUCAUUCAGCAGCUCCCUCAGCAGCCACUCAUAGCACAGAUUCCUCCUCCCCAGGCCUUCCCUACUCAACGGUCAGGAAGUAUUAAGGAAGACAUGGUGGAGCUGCUGCUGCUGCAGAACGCACAGGUGCACCAGUUGGUCCUGCAGAACUGGAUGCUCAAGGCCCUGCCCCCAGCCCUGCAGGACCCGCCAUGUGUGCCCCCGGGGGUCCCACGAGCUGCCAGGCCAAGGCUGCCGGUCGUGCACCACCACCACCACCACCAUGCUGCGUGGCCACCUGGGGCCGCCACUGUCCUCCAGCCCGCCCCCAACCCGUGGAAGCCCGGCCCACCCUGAGUGUGAGUCACAGAGACCCUGGCCGGGGCACCCUCCACCCCCAGGCUUCCUCAGGGCUGUGGGCUGUGGCGGGUCCAUGGAAAGGAGCAGGGGGAGACCCUGCUGCCCCCUAGAGUGGCCACGUGAGUGUGGACCGCAGGCCCCUCCGGGGGAAGCUGGGCAGGCUCGCUUUCUGGCCACAGGGCCAUUCCAGGGGGCAUCCCUUGCUCUGGGACCCCUGCAGUGAGGGGCCUGUGAACCCGCGCAGGGCAGCAGCCCCUCCCAGGGACCCUUCCUUUCCUGUAGUGUGGCGCCGGCCCACCUGGGAGCCUCAGGUCCCCCUCUUCCAUCACGGAGGUAAAGUUGAGGCCGUGGACACUACCACACUGAUGAUCCUGAAAUAAAGAUUUCAUCCGGAAAGAGUUUAAGAAAACCUCAGCUCAGAAGCCAGAAUCGGGAAGAUCAAUAGCUUUAGCCACAUGGAAUGUAAACAUCCUGAUGGGAAAAAUACCACAAAGUCAAAUUUAGUAACUAGGGACACCCGUUUAUCACAGCUGUGGAGCAGACUCCCACUAAAGAAGUAGCAGUGCAUGGUUCAAUGCCUGUAGUCCCAGCAUUUCAGAGGCUGAGGCAGGAGGAUCACUUGAGCUCAGGAAUUCAAGACCAGCCUGGGUCACAUAACAAGACCCUGUCUCUACAAAAAGUAAAUUAAAAAAACUAGUCAGGUGUGGUGAUAUGCACCUGUGAUCUCAGCGGUUCUGGGGGCUGAGAUGGAAGGAUUGCUUGAGCCCAGGAGUUAGAAGCUGCAGUGAGCUGUGAUGGAACCACUGCACUCUAGCCUGGACCACAGAGCAAGCCCCUGUCUCAAAAAAUAAAAUAAAAAAGUGAAAGAAGCAA